AUGGUUUCUGUUAAAUCAAGAUCUGUAAGGUUUCAUGAUGAUCUUGAAAAAGAGAAAUUAAAUGAAGUUGAAGAAAAUCAAAUGGAAAUGGCGACGUAUGAGAUGAGUAAUCAACACAAGCAUGUCAAGGAUGCGAAAAACAAGUCAUCAUCAUCAAAUGGAAAAGAACUUUCAAGAGUGUUUUCUGAAGAUUAUGAUGCAGAAGAGAUUUUAAUAUUAGAUCCUAGAGGGCCUAGAGUGAAUUUAUGGAACAAAAUAUUCUUAGCAGCGUGUUUGAUAUCGCUGUUUGUGGAUCCACUUUUCUUUUACUUACCUGUUGCUAAGAAAGAAAAGUGCAUUGAUAUGUCACUUGGUCUUGAAGUUUCACUUACCAUAAUAAGAGGUGAACUCAUUAUUGACUCAUCGAAGAUUGCUUCAAAUUAUCUCAGUAGAGACUUUUGGUUUGAUCUUGUUGCCGCACUACCACUUCCUCAGGUACUGAUUUGGGCUGUAAUUCCAAAUCUGAGAGGGUCUGAAAUGAUUGCAUCGAGGCAUAUAUUGCGCCUCGUGUCGAUUUUCCAGUACUUAUUGAGGCUGUAUCUUAUUUAUCCUCUAUCAUCUGUAAUUGUCAAGGCGAACGGGGUAAUGAUGGAGAAAGCUUGGGCUGGUGCAGCUUAUAACUUGACACUUUAUAUGCUUGCUAGUCAUGUUUUAGGAUCUACAUGGUACCUGUUAUCAAUUGAAAGACAAGAUGAAUGCUGGAAGAAAGCUUGUACACUUGAAUUUUCACAUUGUCGGUAUCAUUAUCUUGAUUGUCGAAGCCUUGGCGAUCCAAAUAGGAACUCUUGGCUUAGAUCGAGCAAUGUCUCGGGUCUAUGCGAUGAUAACAGUGCCUUCUUUCAGUUUGGAAUUUUCGCUGAUGCUUUGACUUUGGAAAUAACUAGCUCGAAAUUCUUAAACAAAUAUUAUUACUGUCUGUGGUGGGGAUUGAGAAAUCUAAGCUCUGCAGGACAGAAUCUCUUAACAAGUACACAUGUUCCUGAGAUAAAUUUUGCUGUGAUUGUUGCAAUUCUUGGAUUGGUGCUUUUUGCACUGCUCAUAGGCAAUAUGCAAACAUACCUUCAAUCGACUACUAUACGGCUGGAGGAGUGGAGAAUAAGAAGGACAGAUACAGAAAGAUGGAUGCAUCACAGGCAGCUUCCUCGUUACCUAAAGCAAAAUGUUCGACGCCAUGACCAAUUCAGAUGGGUGGCUACUCGUGGUGUUGACGAGGAAGCUAUUCUUAGAGACCUUCCUGUUGAUCUAAGACGUGAUAUUAAACGCCACCUUUGCCUUAAUCUAGUUAGACAAGUACCACUAUUUGAUCAGAUGGAUGACAGAAUGUUAGAUGCAAUAUGUGAAAGGCUGAAACCAACUCUAUGCAGUCCCGGAACUUGCAUAGUUCGCGAAUGCGACCCGGUCAACGAGAUGCUCUUCAUUGUUCGAGGACGCCUAGAUUCUUGCACAACCAACGGUGGCAGAACUGGUUUCUUCAACACCUGCAGAAUAGGCUCGGGCGACUUCUGUGGGGAAGAGCUUCUCCCAUGGGCCUUAGACCCUCGUCCAACCGUUGUUCUUCCUUCUUCAACACGAACGGUGAAAGCCAUAACCGAAGUUGAAGCUUUCGCACUCAUUGCCGAGGAUUUAAAAUUUGUAGCAGCGCAAUUCCGCCGCUUACAUAGCAAACAACUGAGACAAACCUUUAGAUUCUAUUCGCAUCAGUGGCGGACAUGGGCGGCGUGUUUUAUACAAGCGGCUUGGUUUCGGUAUAAAAGAAUGAAAGAGAUAAAUGAGGUUAAGGAAAAGGAGAAUCUCAUGAUGAUGGCAAAUGUGAAAUAUUAUGGACAUGAUGAUUCUCAAUAUUUUUCUGCACCUUUGCAGGCUCCAAUGGGAUCAAGUUAUUCAAUGUAUUCUGGAAAACUUGUAGGUAGUUUAAGGAAAGGUAGGAGUAUGAGAUAUGGGUCUGAACUUGAUCUUCUUGGUGCAUUAAGGAAGCCUCUUGAACCAGAUUUCAAUGAGGAUGGUGAUUAA